CCAUGAAUCCUGACCCAAUUACAGAUAUAGUAAAAAAUGACCAAGUCAUUAUUGAUGUUGGGCAGCACUUGUUAAACAAAGGUGGAACAUCAGCCAAAAAUCAACAGUCUGUGCGAGAGAAGAUGCGAGAAAUGGGAAGGCUGAUUCGCAAUGCUAGAAAAGUCACCACCUUAAAAAAAAUGGAAGACCUCAUAAAUCCAAAGAAGUACAUGGAGACUGUCAAAGCUGUCAAGUUGACAUGUGGGUAUGACAGUGAAACAAAUAAGUUUUUGAUUCCAUCACUAGCAAACAAACUUGGGAAUACCCUGGUUAAAGUAAGCAAACUCUUAAAAGCUCAGGGAUUAAUCUCAAACAAUGACAAACUUGUGAAGAAUGCCAGUGAGUUUCAGGAUGUUCAUCAGGAAAAGUGGAAUGAACUGAUCUCGGCUACAGCUUUGAGGAACAUCAGGGAAGCAAAGUGGAAUGUGCCUACUGUCAUGCCCUUUACCGAAGAUGUCCAAAAAAUGCAUGCAUAUCUCACUCAAGUGCAAGAUGAGUGGUACAAUUCACUCUCUGAAAGUCCCUCUACAAAGGCCUGGAUGGAGCUGGCAAAGGUGUGUCUGGCCCAGAUCAUACUUUUUAACCGGCGCAGGGAAGGAGAGGUGGCAAGCAUGCCCUUAUCUGCAUUUUCAUCAAGAGACACUUCUGACCCACAUGUGGAUGUGGACUGGGCGCUCUCUGAAGUGGAAAAAAAACUCUGCAGACACUUCUCAAGGAUUGUUAUUAGAGGAAAACGCGGUCGCCCGGUUCCAAUUCUUCUGACUCCAAAAAUGCUGGGUGCGUUAGAACUCCUUGUUAAGCAGAGAGAGGCUUGUGGGGUUCUAAAGGACAAUGGUUAUAUGUUUGCAAGACCAGAAGCUAUGACACAUUUCCGAGGUUCAGACUGCAUUCGUGGCUUUGCAAAGGCAUGUGGUGCAAGGUGCCCCGAGUCGCUAACAUCUACCAGACUGCGAAAGCAUGCUGCAACCCUUUCAACAGUCCUGAACAUGACAGAUACAGAGAUGGAUCAGCUUGCCAAUUUUCUUGGACAUGAUAUAAGAAUCCAUCGUGAGUUCUAUCGACUACCUGAGAAGACGCUGCAGCUCGCCAAGAUCAGCAAAGUUCUAAUGGCACUGGAGCAAGGAAGAUUAGCAGAGUUUCAUGGCAAGAACUUGGAUGAAAUUGGGAUAGAUCCAGAUGAAAAAAUUCUGGACAGUGAUGAAGACACGAGUGCACAGGAGGAAAAGCGUUCAUCAUCAACAUCUACUGUUGAUGAGCCAUCAGCAGAAGAGUCACUUUCUCCCACCAAGAAGAAUGAAAUGCCGCCACCACCACCACCUAAGAAAUACAAACGACUAUCAGAUGAAGAUGAGACACCUUCAAGAUUCGGUGCUAUGAGGCAUUCUUCCAAAGGUAAAGCUACCCAGAAGAAGAAAAGACCCUGGAAGCAGACAGAGGUGCAGGCGGUGGAAAGGCACAUGAAUCGAUUCAUAACAGCUUGCACUGUACCAGCAAAGAGUGACUGUGAGAGGUGCUUAAGGGCUGAACCAGAAGCUCUUAAAAACCGGGACUGGCAGAACCUGAAGUUCUAUGUUUACAAUCGCAUUACGGCCUACAAAAAGAAACUGUAGCAUACAUAAUGUGAAGAUUACCAACUCUACGGUAUGGUCAUUUUUGUUUCUCAUAUUUCAGCAAAAAGGUGGAGCUUAUUUCCUGUUGUUUUAAAAGCAUUUCCACAUUUUGUUAUUUUGUUCUGAAGU